GUGUCAGUUGGGUAGUGGAGUCUCUGGCGGAUCUGGCACUCAAGAUGACCAAGGGCCUCCACGCCCUCAACCUAAGCCUGUCCAUCCCGAAGUUGAACAUGGUAGCCAGCUCAGACAAGCUCCUGGAAGCAGCUAUGUCAGUCCUGAAGGAGCUGGGAG